GUAGACUUGUUCUUUUCUUCUUCUCUUAUUAUAUUAGUCAUGUUUUCUGUUUGUUUCGGUUUUGCCAUUUGUUUUUGCAGUAAAAUCUGCUAUUUUGGGUAUUAUAUAUCUCUGUGUUCUCCACUUCUGCUUAUUGAAUGUUGAAUGCAUGUGGUUAGUUUUCUGCUAAUGGUUAUGCACGUGUAAAAGGAAAAUAAUGGGUUCAUAUAGUCUGUUUUGGGUAUAUCAAGAAACUUAACAAGAUGGAAUUUUGGAAUGGUGCCUGUUAUGUGUAAAAGAGAUCUACAAUUUGCUUUGACUUUUCUUCUCAGCUACUGUUCUUUGUCCUCAUUUAUUUUUCUCCUUCUUCUCAGCUACUGUUCUUGUUCCUUCUGCCUGCUACUCGUCUUUGUUGUUUCACCGGAUUAUGCCUAGGAAAAAUUAUGUGCGGAUAAGCAAAUGGCUGUUCGAGCUCAAGCUUUACCAAAUAGAAGCUUAGAACAAACUUCCACCUGCUUUGUGCCUCAUUUUGCUGUCAAUAGCUCAACAUGGUGGAGUUCCAAUGAAGUGCAGUCUUCACAGUUUCUACCGAAAAAUUUAACCUCAGAAGUGGUAUUUCAACCUCCGCCCUGUCAGCAGAUGAAGCCUCUUGGUCUGGGAUUACAAGGCGACGACUCAUACUCCACCCAAUCAAAUAGUAACUCCCCGCUAGAAGUGACUGCUUUGGGGAAAACAGGUUCUCAAGAUCAAUGCGCUUCUUCUGGAUCUGUUCACGACGAGAGCUACAAAAGGAAUAAGCAAGCUCAAAUCAAGACUAAUCCUUUUAUUAGAUAUCCAGAAUAUCCCACCGAUUGUUCACAAAGUGAAAUGGCCCAUUCAAUUAGCCACGCUCCUUUUGGUUACUCCGACCCCUAUCUCAGUGGCUUUUAUGCUGCUUACGGACCUCAUGUUUUUUCUCAAAAUAGUUUUAGUUCUGACAUUUGGUCAAUUCAGCCUCAAAUGAUUAGCAUAGCGCCUGCACGGGUCCCUCUACCCCUCGAUCUUGCAGAAGAUGGACCGGUUUAUGUAAAUGCGAAACAGUAUCAUGGGAUCUUAAGGCGAAGACAGAUGCGUGCUAAGCUUGAGGCUCAAAACAAACUUGUCAAAGCUAGAAAGCCGUAUCUUCAUGAAUCACGGCAUCUUCACGCGGUAAAGAGGGUUAGAGGGUCCGGAGGGCGUUUUCUUAGCACAAAGAAGCUUCAAGAAUCAAUUCCAAACGACUUGAAUUCUUCUCAGGAUUUGGUUACACGUGAGGCUCACACUUCUGCUUUCUUGAGCGUCCGACAGGAUGCUGCGCAUAACAGCGUCAUUUUCCAGCAGCAGCAGCAUGAUCACAGGGCCUCAAGUCUAUCCUCUCACAUGGCUGUUUCCAUGCAAAGUAGUAGAAGUACUGGCAUUUCAUGAACAUGGCUGGGACUCAGUAAUGUACUCAAAGUUGUCUUGUGAUUCAAGUUUCAACUCACCCGCGGGCAAUUCAUCCUUGGCUUUAUACUCUUACUGUUAUGUCUUCCUGGUUACUCUAAUUUUUUGAUAAGGUGUUCUCUAGUUAUUCUAAUUAUCAACUGGAUUUUCCACUUUUGUAAUGGUGUACUUUUGGUUGAACUCUAGGUGCUUGGACCCAACUUUAUGGAAAGUUUAAAAGUUCUCUUGUUAUGUUUAA